AUGAAGAUUUGCCGCUACCCAUGGUCCCCUAUCACUGUUUACAGUGAAAAUGCAGUGGCCUUCAGUGAUGUAAGUACCUUUCUGCAGGAGAUGUAUGAUGAGGGCGUCACUAAACAAUUCCUACGUAAGACAGGAAUAAGGUGGAUCUUCCAGACUCCUAGGUCUCCCUGGAAAGGGGGAUUCUUCGAGAGGUUGAUUGGGGUAGUCAAAAGGACAUUGGCAACCGCACUACACUGUAACCUCUUCAGCGAAGAACAACUGCGAACCCUCAUUAAGGAGGCAGAGGCUGUUGUUAACAUCCACCCUUUAAUGUACACCGGGGACAUGCGUGAGGAUCAAGCUCUUACCUCAUCGCACCUCAUCUGUGGAGAUGUAAUUCGUCUGCUACCACCCGUGGUUCUUAAAGAUGUGCAUUUAACGUUAACGACUCGUCAGCUACGUCAACAGUAUUUCAGGUUGACAGAGUCCCUCGACCGCUUAAAACACUACUGGAGGGAAGGUUACCUGAAGUCACUACGGGAGCUCACAACCUAA